AACUUAUCCUUUGUGCUUUAGCCUAAAGGGAUGCCCCGUGGAGACAUGGCAAAACCACUCCUAGAUUGUCGGAAUAUGGAGAGCAGCCCAAAUCUUGCCCCGGCUGCUGGUCAAACCAUAGGGAUCCUGGGAAGUGGCGACUUUGCACGCUCGUUGGCUACACGUCUGGUGUGCUCAGGUUUCAAGGUGGUGGUCGGAAGCCGCAAUCCAAAGCGCUGCGCAGGCCUUUUUCCCUCAGCAGCUGAAGUGACUGCCCAGGAAGAUGCUGUCAAGAAGACGGAUAUUAUUUUUGUGGCAGUUUUCAGGGAACAUUACUCCACGCUCUGUGACCUGACAGAUGCGCUAGCUGGUAAAAUACUGGUGGAUGUCAGCAACAACACUGAAAUUAACCAUCACAAAGAAUCAAAUGCCGAGUACUUGGCUUCCCUUUUCCCAGCAUGCACCGUUGUCAAAGGAUUCAAUGUGAUCUCUGCAUGGACCUUACAGUCAGGUCCCAGAGAUGGGAAUAAGCAGGUCUUGAUUUGCUGUGAUAAUCAAGAAGCCAGACGUACAGUUGCAGAAAUUGCUCAGGUCAUGGGGUUCACCCCCGUGGACAUGGGAUCUUUAUCUUCAGCCUGCGAGAUUGAGAACAUUCCCCUGCGCCUCCUCCCAGCUUGGAAAAUCCCUGUCUUUUUGGCUCUGGGUCUCUUUCUCUGUUUCUACACCUACAACUUCAUCAGACAGGUCUUACACCCUUACAUCCGGGAACAGAAAAACAAGUUCUACAAGAUGCCAGUGGAGGUGGUCAAUAGCUCACUGCCUUGUGUAGCCUACGUCAUGCUCUCUCUCGUUUAUCUACCCGGGGUCCUGGCAGCCUCUUUCCAGCUGUACUAUGGCACCAAGUACAGGCGCUUUCCAGAUUGGCUAGACCAGUGGCUACAGCACAGAAAGCAGAUUGGCCUUCUGAGUUUCUUUUGCGCAGCCUUGCACGCUGUGUACAGCCUGUGCUUGCCCAUGCGACGAUCUCAUCGGUAUCUGCUAAUUAGCACAGCCGUCAAGCAGGUCAUGGAGAAGAAGGCCGAUGUCUGGAUAGAGGAGGAGGUCUGGCGAAUGGAGCUUUACAUCUCUUAUGGAAUAAUGGCCCUGGGCCUGCUGUCGUUACUUGCCAUCACUUCACUUCCUUCCAUCGCAAACUCUCUCAACUGGAGGGAAUUCAGUUUCAUUCAGUCCACCCUUGGAUUUACUGCCCUACUAGUCAGCACGAUCCACACCCUCACCUUUGGCUGGACCAGGGCCUUUGAUGAAAACCAAUACAAAUUCUAUCUGCCGCCAAGUUACACCCUCACACUACUGGUGCCAUGUACCGUGAUCUUAGCAAAAAUAUUCUUUCACUUGCCCUGCAUCCACCAAAGACUGCGGCGCAUCAGGAACGGCUGGGAAAAGGGAAGGUAUGUGAAAUUCACACUGCCAGCUGCAACUGGUGAAUAUUCAAGCGGCGAAAGUUGCAGUAAUGUGUAACAAAGCCUUCCGGAUGAUGGAGAAUUUCAAAGCACUAUGAAGGCUUCUGGAGGUUUUUCCUAAUUUGUGUAGGUUUGUGGGUGAAUAUCCACAGUUAGUGACUUUAGAAAAUCAGUUACCGUGAAACUAGUUUAUGCUGAUUUGCUAGCAUGAAUGUUGCCUUAAGAAAUCGCCAUGACCGUUGAGAGAGCAGCUGUAAAUAGACGAGAAAAACGAAUGGAAUUCUGUAAGUCGUACUGGUCAAUGGAGACAGUAGCUGAUGGUACUCUGUCUGUUGGGGAUCCCACAACUCUCUUUUUUUUAAAUAGCAGGGUAGACAAUUUGUAUCCCAUAUGAUUAGGAAGAAAUCUUUCUGCAUGUGACCUGAUGGAUCAUCUGACCCUGAUGCUAAACCUAACCAGUGAUUCUGAGCUGUGUGAGCAGUCCCUGAGGUUCUUCAUACGGGAAGCUGAUGCUGAAGCUGAAUGAGAACAGCAUAAAUCUCAACAAACUAUUUAUCUCCUGCCACCAUCACACAAACAUCCAGUUACUUGGAGGUAUGUGGGGUGAGCUUCAAAACCUGAGCGCUGGACACAUCAAAUUGGAUGACAUACUUGCGUAGUCGCUGUUUUCUCAAAUGUGGAUGGUGCAUUUUUUGGUCUUGUAGAUACAGGUGAUGCAGGUGCAUAUUUGUAGUUGGAAGAAUUGAUUACCCUAAGGAGCUUAGUGUAAUCCACAGUGGUCACUGCUACCACACAUUCUCAGCGCUAUGAAACCAAAGUUUAAUGAAUCACCUAAUGAAAGGAGUGUAAAGAUACAGCUCCAAAAGAACUCGCAGCUUCAUCAUUUUGACUCUGGACAUUAGGGAAACAACAGUUGCGAGCUGAAUUAGCAGUGAAUUCUGGGAAGAAGCUAUUUGAAACUACACUGAUUAAACUCAAAUGAACUUGUCCAACUUCAUCUACAAUUAUUGGGUGUAUGUGUUUCCCCACCAGCAAUGACACAUCUACCCUCUUUAUGGUAGAUCCAAUACAUCAAAAAAAAGGGACUUUACAGCUGCGAACAUUCUCAAGCAAGCAAAACUCAUCUAUUACCAAGUGUCAAUUGUGGAAGAGACACCUACGCGGCUACACCCUGAUUCUCCGGUGCCUUGCAACUUCAAUAGUCAUUUACUUAGCGACAGAGUGAGUCGAGUCACGCACUAACAUCAUUUGGCAGAACUUCUCACUCACUUUGCCCAGGGGUAAAUGACCACAUUCUGCGCCAGGCAGUGGAGAAUCAGACCUUACAUUUGUUUUUCUUUAUCCCAGUGAUUGUUCAGAUUGUCUACAAUCUAAAUUAAUACAUCAUUCUCGACUGAGAAAUCAACCCACGUCAUAGGUUCUUAACAACACAUACAAAUCCACAGUCCUUGCCCCACAGAGAUUACAACUUGCCUGAAAUCCCUGCCAGGCUUUACAAUAGAGCCUUUAAAAAGGAGAAUCAAGAGGAAAUAGAAGAAGGCCUUAACAAAUAAGAUGCUAGGAUCUGGUUGUAAUAACCUGGUUUUCUACAACUGAGUAAAGUGCAAAAGUUGCUAUUAGACAGUGCCUUGAAGAAAUGACAAGAGCCAAGAGCUGAAUCAGCAGAGAAAUGUUAAAAGUCACUGCUGAUCAGAACUUUCUGUUCAGCCUUUAACUGCUUGGGAGAGUGAAACUUCCAAGCGGCAACUUAAUAGUCCAGUGAUGAUAUUCUGCUGGUGUGUUAAGUGUCACCCUGGAAUCUGAAAACACCAUGUCUUCCUACUAAAUAAAAGGAAAUCGAGUGAUGAGAGUGAUUGGGCAGAAUUUCACAAUCACACGAUACUUCCUUUGAUAAGAAGGAAAUUAGUGUGUGUUCCUGUUGUGCCUUUCAGGGCAGGAAGAAUUAUCUAGAACCCCUCCAUGCCCAGAUCAUUAUCUGCUAACGUUACUCACAAAGCAGAUUUGACAGUAAUAUGUGCAACUGAAUGGCAAAUUACAGCAUCUGCGAGAGGUCUGAGCCAAAAUCACCUCUGGUGCAAUUCCAUCCACUUCAAUUUAACUCCUGGAAUUCAAUUUGAAUUCAGUCCACUUACUCAUUCCAGCCUCCUGCUGGAUUUCAUCAUCAGGCAAAGCCAACAUAAAAGCACCGAUUUCACAUUUUCUGGCUCAGGGAAAGUAUCCUGAUUCUGAUGCUUCCCCUCACUCCUCUGCAGCAGGCAACCUGGUAGAUGGCUACCCUGGUAGCCAAAAAAAAGGGGAGAGAAAGUUGCAUGAGCCUUGGGCUUUGUCUUCAGUGUGUGUAAAACAAGUGUGUGUGUGUGUGGGGGGGGGGGGUUAUGUAUCAAAAUAACUUUUGCACUGAGAUAUAGGGUUUGGCAUCGGUGGCAUCACUUACUGAGCAAGAAGUGGUCAGGCUGAACCAAUAGAGCCUAGACCAGUGGUGGGGAACCUAAGGCAUCCAGCCCCUGGCUUGCCUGGAUCUGGCCCCCAAGGUUCCCCCUCCCAGCAUUGGGAAGCUUGUGCCGGUGCUCCAGCCUCCCUGCCGUCCCCCCGUAGGGCUGGAGCACACAAAAUUGACUAGCCUGGGCCCCCCUAGGCUCUGGUGGGCAAGAAGAAUGUGAGGAGUUUCUUUCUCCUUCUCAGUCUCAUUCUCAGUGAGGUUGUGUUCGUUUUUCUUCUCAUUUUGUGCGGCCCCUGACUGAUUUUUCUAUGAGUCAGGGCCCCCCAGAUCCCUCAAAAUAAGGUUCCCCAUCCCAGGGCUAGCCCAAGAUAAUCAAUAGGUGGGUCAAGGGAUCACCAGUUGCUUUUGAUUGAAUCCCAAAAUAUUUUUAUUUACUUAUUAUUGUUCGUUUUUUUUUAAUUAUUAUUAUUUUCUCUGUCGUCUGGAUCUCUUCUCUACCUUGACGAAGACAUCUGGGCCUUAACCAAAAAAAGAUUUGACUAUUCUGGGAUCAAUUUCUUUACCUAAAGAACUUUGAAUCCUAAUUCAUUCCACUUUCAGAAUGGCUCUCUAUCUUUGGGGUCUGUAGGUAAAAUCCUUUACACUAAAAUUCUGGGUAAUUUAUUCUGGCUUUAUAGAAAUAAUCAUUUUUAAAAGCGUUAAAACUUUGGAAAUGCUUUUGGCCUUUUUAACUUAUUUUCCCACUUCACUAUUUGCUAGGAGGCUGUGGAAUGUUAGCUUACACAUUUCCUUAUUACUUUUGUAUUUGGAGUUUGUAUAUUUCUUGCAAGAUUUAUAGCUGAAAGCUGUUUGUAUUUUUAUUUUAUUUUGCUUACUUUGUGUCUUGGGGUAUCAGCUGUGAGAACAGGGCCAGUUUCAGUCCUCUUUCAUCAUUGGCUUUUUAGUAUUACAGUUACAGCUGUAUAGAGAUAGUAUGAAUGUGUCUACAUAAUGGCAUAGUAUUCAUUUGUGUGUGCUGUCUCUUUUUCUAUAAACAAUACAAUGUUAAUCUAAAGUAUCUUUCUAUUAAAUAAAGCUAUCAAUAAAGCAA